CUCCCUCUCCCUCUUUCUUCCCAUCUUCGCUAUUCUGUCUCUCCUCUUCUUCGCCCACUCAACCAUCGAGCACAUCCCUCAUUCUCCCCAAGCAAUGUCAAGUCCAGAACAUCAACCCUCAACGUCCACUGACUCCGACUUUGACACUGCCCCAUUGAACCAAGAUCAAACUGCGGCCCGCGAGCGACAUCGUAUUCGCCAAAAACUUCAUGCGCUCCUGCUCCAGGAACAUGCAGCGACAAAGGCAGCUAGGGUUCAGGCGCAGGAAGAGCAGCGGGCGGUGCAUCAGGCCACACACGAGGCCAAGAUGCGUGACCAGCAAGUGCAGAAGGCGGCACGCCAGGCGGCUCACGCAGCUCGUAUGCAGGCGCAAGAGGACAAAAGGGCUGCUCGGCAGACGGCCCACAGCGCAAGGAUGCAGAGACAACAGGAAGAAAAGGCCGUCCGCAGUUCGGUACAGAGUACAAAGCACAGCGAUCCAGCGCAAUAA